AUGGCAUUUGGGAAUACUUCUGACAGCAAUGCAAGUUUCCUCCGAGCUGCCAGAGCAGGCAAUCUGGACAAAGUAGUGGAAUAUCUGAAGGGGGGCAUAGACAUCAACACCUGCAAUCAGAAUGGACUCAACGCUCUCCAUCUGGCUGCCAAGGAGGGCCACGUGGGGCUGGUCCAGGAGCUGUUGGGAAGAGGGUCCUCUGUGGAUUCUGCUACUAAGAAGGGAAAUACUGCGCUUCACAUUGCAUCUUUGGCUGGACAAGCAGAAGUCGUCAAAGUUCUCGUUAAGGAAGGAGCCAAUAUUAAUGCACAGUCUCAGAAUGGCUUCACUCCUUUGUACAUGGCUGCCCAAGAAAACCACAUUGAUGUUGUCAAAUAUUUGCUGGAAAAUGGAGCUAAUCAGAGCACUGCUACUGAGGAUGGCUUUACUCCUCUAGCUGUGGCACUCCAGCAAGGACACAACCAGGCAGUGGCCAUCCUCUUGGAGAACGACACUAAGGGGAAAGUGAGGCUGCCAGCUCUGCAUAUUGCAGCAAGGAAAGAUGACACCAAAUCUGCCGCACUCCUGCUUCAAAACGAUCACAACGCUGACGUACAAUCCAAGAGUGGUUUUACCCCUUUGCACAUAGCUGCACACUACGGAAAUGUCAACGUGGCAACUCUUCUUCUAAACCGGGGUGCAGCUGUGGACUUCACAGCCAGGAAUGGAAUCACUCCUCUGCAUGUGGCCUCCAAAAGGGGAAACACAAACAUGGUGAAGCUCUUACUGGAUCGUGGCGGUCAGAUCGAUGCCAAAACUAGGGAUGGGUUGACCCCACUUCAUUGUGCCGCGAGAAGUGGGCAUGACCAAGUGGUGGAACUUCUGCUGGAACGGGGUGCUCCCUUGCUGGCAAGGACAAAGAAUGGUCUGUCUCCACUUCACAUGGCCGCACAAGGGGACCACGUGGAAUGUGUGAAGCACCUGUUACAGCACAAGGCACCUGUUGAUGAUGUCACCCUAGACUACCUGACGGCCCUCCAUGUUGCUGCACACUGUGGUCACUACCGUGUAACCAAACUCCUUCUGGACAAGAGAGCCAAUCCAAAUGCAAGAGCCCUGAAUGGUUUUACUCCACUGCACAUUGCCUGCAAGAAAAACCGCAUCAAAGUCAUGGAACUGCUGGUGAAAUAUGGGGCUUCAAUCCAAGCUAUAACAGAGUCUGGCCUCACACCAAUACAUGUGGCUGCCUUCAUGGGCCACUUGAACAUUGUCCUCCUUCUGCUGCAGAACGGAGCCUCUCCAGAUGUCACUAACAUUCGUGGGGAGACUGCACUGCACAUGGCAGCCCGGGCAGGGCAGGUGGAAGUUGUCCGAUGCCUCCUGAGAAACGGUGCCCUUGUCGAUGCCAGAGCCAGGGAGGAACAGACACCUUUGCAUAUUGCUUCCCGUCUGGGUAAGACAGAAAUUGUCCAGCUGCUUCUACAACAUAUGGCUCACCCAGAUGCGGCUACUACAAAUGGGUACACGCCACUGCACAUCUCUGCCAGGGAGGGCCAGGUGGACGUGGCAUCGGUCCUCUUGGAAGCAGGAGCGGCCCACUCCUUAGCCACCAAGAAGGGUUUUACUCCACUGCAUGUAGCAGCCAAGUAUGGAAGCCUGGAUGUGGCAAAACUUCUCUUGCAACGCCGCGCUGCCGCAGAUUCUGCAGGAAAGAAUGGCCUUACCCCGCUCCAUGUUGCCGCUCAUUAUGACAACCAGAAGGUGGCGCUGCUGUUACUGGAGAAGGGUGCUUCCCCUCAUGCCACUGCCAAGAAUGGCUACACUCCUUUACAUAUUGCUGCCAAGAAAAAUCAAAUGCAGAUAGCUUCCACACUCCUGAACUAUGGAGCAGAGACUAACAUUGUGACAAAACAAGGAGUAACUCCACUUCAUCUGGCCUCACAGGAGGGGCACACUGAUAUGGUCACCUUGCUUCUGGAUAAGGGAGCCAAUAUCCAUAUGUCAACCAAGAGUGGACUCACAUCCUUACACCUUGCAGCCCAGGAAGAUAAAGUGAAUGUUGCUGAUAUACUCACCAAGCAUGGGGCUGACCAAGAUGCUCAUACAAAGCUUGGUUACACUCCUUUAAUUGUGGCCUGUCACUAUGGAAAUGUGAAAAUGGUCAACUUCCUUCUGAAGCAGGGAGCAAAUGUCAAUGCAAAAACCAAGAACGGCUACACCCCUUUGCACCAGGCCGCCCAGCAGGGCCACACACACAUCAUCAACGUCCUGCUCCAGCACGGGGCCAAGCCCAAUGCCACGACCGCGAAUGGCAACACCGCCCUGGCGAUUGCUAAGCGUCUGGGCUACAUCUCCGUGGUCGACACCCUGAAGGUUGUAACUGAGGAGGUCACCACCACCACCACGACUAUCACUGAAAAACACAAGCUAAAUGUUCCUGAGACGAUGACUGAGGUUCUUGAUGUUUCUGAUGAAGAGGGUGAUGACACGAUGACAGGCGAUGGGGGAGAGUACCUCAGGCCGGAGGAUCUAAAAGAGCUGGGCGAUGACUCUCUACCCAGCAGUCAGUUCCUGGAUGGCAUGAAUUACCUGCGAUACAGCUUAGAGGGAGGGCGAUCUGACAGCCUUCGAUCCUUCAGUUCCGACAGGUCUCACACCCUGAGCCAUGCCUCCUACCUGAGGGACAGUGCCAUGAUUGACGACACAGUUGUGAUCCCCAGUCACCAGGUGUCAACUCUAGCCAAGGAAGCAGAAAGGAAUUCUUAUCGUCUAAGCUGGGGCACUGAGAACUUAGACAACGUGGCUCUUUCUUCCAGCCCCAUUCAUUCAGGUUUCCUGGUUAGUUUUAUGGUGGACGCCCGAGGUGGAGCUAUGCGAGGAUGCAGACACAACGGGCUCCGAAUCAUUAUUCCCCCUCGGAAAUGUACCGCCCCAACACGAGUCACCUGCCGACUGGUCAAACGCCAUAGACUGGCGACCAUGCCCCCAAUGGUGGAAGGAGAAGGCCUGGCCAGUCGCCUGAUCGAAGUCGGACCUUCUGGUGCUCAGUUCCUUGGGCCUGUAAUUGUGGAGAUCCCUCAUUUUGCGGCUCUUCGAGGGAAGGAGAGAGAACUGGUGGUCCUGCGCAGUGAGAAUGGGGACAGCUGGAAAGAGCAUUACUGCGAAUACACUGAAGACGAGUUGAAUGAAAUCCUCAAUGGCAUGGAUGAAGUGCUGGAUAGCCCAGAAGACCUAGAAAAGAAACGAAUCUGCCGCAUCAUCACCCGGGACUUCCCACAGUACUUUGCAGUGGUGUCUCGCAUCAAACAGGACAGCAACCUGAUUGGCCCAGAAGGAGGUGUGCUGAGUAGCACAGUGGUACCCCAGGUGCAGGCUGUCUUCCCAGAGGGGGCACUAACCAAGCGGAUCCGUGUAGGCCUACAGGCUCAACCCAUGCACAGUGAACUGGUUAAGAAGAUCCUAGGCAAUAAAGCUACUUUCAGCCCUAUAGUCACUUUGGAACCUAGAAGAAGAAAAUUCCACAAGCCAAUUACCAUGACCAUUCCUGUCCCCAAAGCUGCAAGUGAUGUCAUGUUGAAUGGUUUUGGGGGCGAUGCACCAACCUUAAGAUUACUAUGCAGUAUAACAGGUGGAACCACCCCUGCUCAGUGGGAAGAUAUUACAGGAACUACGCCAUUAACAUUUGUCAAUGAAUGUGUUUCCUUUACAACCAAUGUGUCUGCCAGGUUCUGGUUGAUAGAUUGUCGACAGAUCCAGGAAUCCGUUACCUUUGCAUCACAAGUGUAUAGAGAGAUUAUCUGUGUACCUUAUAUGGCCAAAUUUGUAGUAUUCGCCAAAUCACAUGACCCCAUUGAAGCCCGAUUGAGAUGUUUCUGCAUGACUGAUGAUAAAGUGGAUAAGACACUUGAACAGCAAGAAAACUUUGCUGAGGUGGCCAGAAGCAGGGAUGUGGAGGUGUUAGAAGGAAAACCCAUCUAUGUUGAUUGUUUUGGCAACCUGGUCCCAUUAACCAAGAGUGGCCAACAUCAUAUAUUCAGUUUUUUUGCCUUUAAAGAAAACAGACUUCCUCUCUUUGUCAAGGUACGUGAUACGACUCAGGAACCUUGCGGACGACUAUCAUUUAUGAAGGAGCCAAAAUCCACAAGAGGCCUGGUGCAUCAAGCUAUUUGCAACUUAAACAUUACCCUGCCAAUUUAUACAAAGAUCGAUAUGACAUCAGAAAAAAAUGAUGAGACAGAAUCUACAGAAACAUCUGUCCUGAAAAGUCACCUGGUUAAUGAAGUUCCUGUCCUAGCAAGUCCGGACUUGCUCUCUGAAGUUUCUGAGAUGAAACAAGAUUUGAUCAAAAUGACCGCCAUCUUGACCACAGACGUAUCUGAUAAGGCAGGCUCUAUUAAAGUGAAGGAGCUGGUGAAGACUGCUGAGGAAGAGCCAGGAGAGCCUUUUGAAAUUGUCGAAAGAGUGAAAGAGGACUUAGAGAAAGUGAAUGAAAUCCUGAGAAGUGGGACUUGCACAAGAGAUGAAGGCAGUGAGCAGAGGUCUCAGUCAGAGAGAGAAUUAGUGGAAGAGGAAUGGGUUAUUGUCAGUGAGGAGGAAAUAGAAGAGGCUAGGCAAAAGGCACCUUUAGAAAUCACUGAAUAUCCAUGUGUAGAAAUUAGAGUAGAUAAAGGGGCCAACGUAAAAUUAGAAAAAGACUCAACUGGGUUAGUGAGCUACCUUACUGAUGAUCUAAAUUCAUAUGCCAGUUGUCACGAAGUGCAACCACAGACAGUUCAAGAUGCCACAGAGGAGAAAUGUGAGGCUUUAGUUAUUAGCAGGAGCUCUGAAAAUGAAGAGAAAGAUGUACCUCCAGAUGAGUCACAGAAUACACAGGAACAGCACAAACCAAGCCUGGGAAUAAAGAAGCCAGUGAGAAGGAAAUUAAAAGAAAAACAGAAGGAAAAAGAGGAAAGUUUACAAACUGGUGCAGAUAAAACUGAACUUAAAAAAUGUAGUUCAGAAGAGUCAUUAGAUGAAGAUGCAGGUUUAGCCCCUGAACCUCUUCCCACUGCAAAGGCCACAUCUCCUUUGAUAGAAGAAACUCCCAUUGGUUCCAUAAAGGACAAGGUAAAAGCCCUUCAGAAGCGAGUGGAAGAUGAACAGAAAGGUCGAAGCAAGUUGCCUGUCAGAGUCAAAGGCAAAGAGGAUGUGCCAAAAAAGACCACCCACAGGACACACCCAGCCGUAUCACCCUCUCUGAAGUCAGAAAGGCACACACAAGCAUCACCCUCCCCUAAAACAGAAAGGCACACUUCUCUUUCCUCCUCUGCAAAAACUGAAAAGCAUCCUCCUGUAUCACCAUCUAGUAAAACUGACAAACACUCACCUGUGUCACCCUCUGCAAAAACUGAAAGACAUCCACCUGUGUCAUCAUCAAGUAAAACUGAGAAACACUCACCUGUAUCACCCUCUACAAAAGCUGAAAGACACUCCCCUGGGUCACCUUCUACAAAAACGGAAAAACAUGCACCUGUAUCACCUUCAGGUAAAACAGAGAAACGUCCACCUGCAUCACCCUCCGGGAGAACAGAGAGACAUCCACCAGUAUCACCUGGGAGAACAGAAAAACGAUUGCCUGUAUCACCCUCUGGAAGAACAGAAAAGCACCUACCUGUAUCAACCUCUGGGAAAACUGAAAAGCACCUGCCUGUGUCACCUUCAGGUAAAACAGACAAGCAACCACCUGUCUCCCCCACCUCAAAAACAGAAAGAAUCGAGGAGACGAUGUCUGUUCGGGAAUUGAUGAAAGCCUUCCAGUCAGGUCAAGACCCAUCUAAACAUAAGACUGGACUCUUUGAGCACAAAUCAGCAAAACAAAAGCAACCACAGGAAAAAGGCAAAGCUCGGGUAGAAAAAGAAAAGGGGCAGAUAAUAACCCAGAGAGAAUCACAGAAAAUAGAGAGUCAGACAAUCAAACGAGGCCAGAGAUUUUUAGCAACUGGAGCCUCAGAAUCCAAAAGAGGGGUCCGUACUUCCUCUAUAGGGUUUAAGAGAGAAGAUAUAGUGGGAGAAAAGGAGAAAGCUUUGAACCACAAAGCACCCGAGCCUGUUCAGCCAGCACCCCAAGAAGAAAGCCAUAAAGAGAGUGUCCCCAAAGAAAAGAUGGUUGAUGAACAGGAAGAAAUGGAUCUCCAAAUCAGUCCAGACAGGAAAACUUCUACUGACUUUUCUGAUGUCAUUAAGCAAGAGUUAGAAGACAAUGACAAAUACCAACAAUUCCGCCUAAAUGAAGAGACUGAAAAGGCACAGCUUCACUUAGACCAAGUACUCACGAGCCCUUUCAACUCAACAUUCCCACUAGAUUAUAUGAAAGAUGAAUUCCUUCCAGAUCUGUCUUUACAGAGCAGUGCUUUAGAUGGCAGUUCUGAAAGCCUAAAACAUGAAGGGGCAGCAGGUUCCCCGUGUGGCAGCCUGAUGGAAGGGACCCCGCAGAUUAGUUCAGAAGAAAGCUAUAAGCAUGAGGGCCUAGCAGAGACCCCUGAGACAAGCCCAGAAAGCCUUUCUUUCUCACCAAAGAAAAGUGAUGAAAAAAUUGGGGAAACAAAGGAAACUACCAAGUUAGAAACACCAACAGAAAAAGAACGUCCUACAACCAAAGACAUUAGUGAUGGUUCUGAAGAGCAAGGUGCUGCAGUCCCAGAGGGCAUAUAUCCCUCUGUUGAAUGUGUUCUAAAGGAAACCACUCUAGCCCCUUCCAAAGACACAUGUCCCAAACAAGGAGAUCACCCCGGCAGGAGUAGUGUAUCAUUAGUAGAAGAAAUACCUGAAGGACUGGCUAAGGAAGCUUCCUGUGAUGAAGGUCAACUUACAAGUGGUAGUUCAGCCCUUAAGACACAAACUGAUACUGAGGUUCAGGAAUCCACAACCACUGAACCCUCAGAUGAGACAAAGACCUCACCAUUGCCUGAUGCUUCUGUAAAGACAGACUCAGGGACUGAAUCAAAGCCUCAGGGAGUCAUUAGAAGUCCCCAAGGGUUAGAACUUGCACUUCCUAGCCGUGAUAGUGAAGUCCUCAGCCCUGUGGCUGAUGAAUCAUUCACAGUAAGCCACAAGGACUCUCUGGAAGCUAGUCCUGUGCUGGAAGAUAACUCCUCACACAAAACCCCUGAUUCUCUGGAACCAAGUCCUCUGAAAGAAUCCCCUUGCCGUGACUCUCUUGAAAGCAGCCCCGUUGAACCAAAGAUAAAGGCUGGAAUUCUCCCAAGUCACUUUCCACUUCCCGCAGCCGUCACCAAAGCAGAACUCUUUACAGAAGUGGCCUCCAUGCGGUCCCGGCUGCUCCGAGACCCUGAUGGCAGUGCUGAAGAUGACAGUCUUGAGCAGACAUCGCUCAUGGAGAGCUCAGGGAAGAGCCCCCUUUCUCCUGACACACCCAGCUCUGAAGAAAUUAGCUAUGAGGUCACACCCAAAGCCACAGAUGCAAACACACCAAAACCAGCCGUGAUUCAUGAAUGUGCAGAGGAGGAUGACUCAGAAAAUGGGGAAAAAAAGAGGUUCACACCUGAAGAGGAAAUGUUUAAAAUGGUAACCAAAAUCAAAAUGUUUGAUGAACUUGAACAAGAAGCAAAGCAAAAAAGGGACUACAAGAAAGAACCCAAGCAAGAAGAGUCUUCAUCCUCUGACCCAGAUGCUGACUACUCCGCAGAGUUGGAUGAACCAAAGCAUAAGGAGAGUAUGGGGAGUGAAAGUGAUGUCCCUGUAGUAGUGACAUCAGAGAGCCGAAAGGCUUCUUCCUCCUCAGAAAGUGAACCUGAGUUGACACAGCUGAAAAAAGGUGCUGACUCAGGCCUCUUAGCAGAGCCAGUUAUUCGAGUACAACCUCCUUCACCACUUCCAUCCAGCGUGGAUUCCAAUUCUAGUCCUGAAGAAGUACAAUUCCAGCCUAUAGUUUCUAAACAAUACACUUUCAGGAUGAAUGAAGAAAUUCCAGAAGACCCAGGUAAAUCAGUAGAAGAAAAAGGUUUUGAAUCCCAUUUGCCUGAAGACAGUCAUGAUAUUUCCACUGAUGGUCCAGAUAUGUCUUAUGAUGAUCUAAAUAGAGACAAUGAUCAGCCCAAAAUCUGUGAUAGCAAUGACCCUGAGGCCAUGACUCCUGCCAGCUCACCCACUCCAGUCUAUCCAGGUCUCCAGAGUUCAGCUGGUGAUGAUGUUGAUGAGCAGCUAAUCAUCCAUAAAGAACCUUUAGCUCUUGAAGAUAGUCACAAAAUAGACACAGAAGAUGAAGAGCUUGAUGGUUCUAAAGUGGAAUCUCUACAAGUAGAAUGCUCCAGUGAAAGCUCUUCAUCUUUGUCCUCUUUGACUCAUUGUCCAGUAUCUGAAGGAAAAGAACUAGAUGAAGAAGUAUCCUCCACAUCUUCUGCUAUAAAAAUGGAGGUCACAAAAAAUGACCAAACCUUUGAGAGCUUACCAAUGGAUUAUUCCACUGAAGAGUCAUCCACUAUUACUCAAACAGAUAUAGUAUCCACGGAUGUUCAAGUGUCUGACCCAGCUGAGACUGAUGAUGUCUGUGAUCCUCAAAUCAUAAGCCCUUAUGAAAAUGUUCCUUCCCAGUCAUUUUUCUCAGGUGAAGAAAGCAAAACUGAAACAGACGUCAGACACACCACAAGUUUUCACUCUUCUGAAGUAUAUUCUGUUAGCAUCACAUCGUCUGUUGAAAACGUAGUAGUGGAAAGCUCCUCUAGUGGAACUGUUUCAAGUGAACAACCUAAUUUUGAGAACCAGAACAUGGAAAUAGAAUCAAAACAAGAAAGUUCUGUGUGGGAAAUGCAAUCAGAUAAAGCUGCCUCAUCAUUAGAGCCUGCUGUACCAGAUGCAUCAGCAGUCGUUGGUGGACAAAUAAGCAAAGUCAUUAUCACAAAAACUGAUGUGGAUUCUGAUUCCUGGAGUGAAAUCCGUGAAGAUGAUGAAGCCUUUGAGGCACGAGUGAAAGAGGAAGAACAAAAGAUAUUUGGUUUGAUGGUAGACAGACAAUCACAGGGUACCACCCCCGACACCACUCCUGCUAGGACCCCUACUGAAGAGGGGACACCAACAAGUGAACAAAAUCCAUUUCUCUUUCAGGAAGGAAAGUUGUUUGAGAUGACUCGAAGUGGUGCCAUCGAUAUGACCAAAAGGUCCUAUGCAGAUGAAAGUUUCCACUUUUUCCAAAUUGGACAAGAAUCCAGGGAAGAGACCCUUUCUGAAGAUAUGAAAGAAGGGGAUUCUAAGGCUGAGUCUCCACAGCUGGAGACAUCCACUGAGUCACUAGCAGUUUCAGAAUCCAAAGAAACGGUAGAUGAUGAAGCUGACUUACUUGCAGCUGACCUGAGUGAGAAAGUAGAUGAGAUACCUGCCUCAGAUGCUCAACUUAACUCCCAAAUGGGGAUGUCAGCCUCUGUUGAAACAUCAACAAAAGAGGCUACUUCUCCAGGGGUUGAGGACCUCACCACCAUGGAAAUGAGUGAUACACCUCCUGCAUCCAAUAUAAAGCAGACAUCUUGCCCUGACUCCCCUGAACCAGUUGUACAAAUUCAGUUAGAUUUUUCCACAGUCACCAGGUCUGUAUAUUCAGAUCGAGAUGAUGAUUCUCCCGAUUCUUCCCCAGAGGAACAAAAAUCUGUGAUUGAAAUCCCUACUGCACCCAUGGAGAAUGUGCCUUCUACUGAAGGCAAAUCCAAAAUACCUGUAAGGACUGUGCCUACUUCAACACCAAUACCUCCAUCUACAGAGUAUGAAAAUUCACUUUCUGAAGAUUUUCUGCCCAGUCUGGAUGAUGAAAGUAAGGAUGAUGAAACAAAAUCAAAGUCCAAAAUCCCCAUCAAAGCACCCAUCCAAAGAGCAGAGCAGCAGCUUUCACACCUAGACUCAUCUCUCCAGAAGAUAGUGGGUCCUCAGGAAAUGGACGUGGCAAACAGAGCAUCAGAUAGUAGAAGCAAGUCUGAAUCUGAUGCUAGCCCUUUGGACUCAAAAACCAAAUGUCCAGUAAAAACUAGAAGUGACACUGAGGCAGAAAUAGAGAGCAGAGAGAAGGCAGGGGAGCUUGAGUUAGAGUCAGAAGAAGGGGCAACAAGACCAAAGAUAUUUUCAUCUCGAUUGCCAGUUAAGAGCAGCAGCACUACAUCUUCCUGCAGAGGGAGCGUGAGCCCCACAAAAGAAAGUAAGGAGCAUUUCUUUGACCUUUACAGAAACUCCAUAGAAUUCUUUGAGGAGAUUAGUGAUGAGGCUUCCAAGUUAGUGGAUAGACUUACGCAGUCAGAAACGGAGCAAGAAUUAGUUUCAGAUGAUGAGAGUAGUAGUGCCCUGGAAGUUUCAGUAAUUGAAAAUCUACCACCUGUUGAGACCGAGCACUCAGUUCCUGAGGACAUCUUUGACACAAGGCCCAUUUGGGAUGAGUCCAUUGAGACUCUGAUUGAACGCAUCCCUGAUGAAAAUGGCCAUGACCAUGUUGAAGAUCCACAGGAUGAGCAGGAGCGGAUCGAGGAAAGGCUGGCUUAUAUUGCUGAUCACCUGGGCUUCAGCUGGACAGAAUUAGCAAGAGAACUUGACUUCACUGAGGAGCAAAUUCAUCAAAUUCGAAUUGAGAACCCCAACUCCCUCCAAGACCAGAGUCAUGCCCUGCUGAAGUACUGGCUAGAGAGGGAUGGGAACCAUGCUACAGAUACCAGUCUUAUUGAAUGUCUCACCAAGAUCAAUCGAAUGGAUAUUGUCCAUCUCAUGGAGGCCAGCACGGAACCUCUCCAGGAGCGCAUCAGUCAUAGCUAUGCAGAAAUUGAACAGACCAUUACACUGGAUCAUAGUGAAGGGUUCUCAGUACUUCAAGAGGAGCUCUGCACUGCAGAGCAUAAACAGAAAGAGGAGCACCCUGUGUCUAAAGAAAGUGAGACCUAUGAUCACCCUCCCAUCGUCUCAGAGGAAGAUAUCUCUGUCGGUUAUUCCACGUUUCAGGAUUGCAUCCCCAAAACUGAGGGGGACCCCUCAGCAGCAGAGCUCUUAUCCCAAACUGACAAGGAGCAGUUUCAGCAGGAUUUCUCAGGGAAAAUGCAAGACCUGACUGAAGAGUCAUCUCUUGAACAUCAGCAGGAAUACUUCGUGACAACCCCAGGAACAGAAGUAUCAGAGACUCCAGAGGCUACAGUGGUAUGUGGAUCUCCCAGCAAGAUACCUGAGGAAAUUAGUACCCCUUCUGAGGAGGAGAGGCUGUACCUCCAGACUCCAACAUCUAGUGAGCGGGGAGUCUCCCCCAUCGUACAAGAACCCGAAGAUUCCCCAUCGCAAAGAGAGGAGAGUUCUCCACGAAGAACUAGCCUCCUGAUAGUAGAAUCUGCUGAUGACCAGCCACAAAUCUUUGAAAGAUCCGAUGAAGAUGCAGCUUUUCAAAAGGGAGAUGAUAUGCCUGACAUACCACCCGAAACAGUCACCGAAGAAGAAUACAUUGAUGACCACGGACACACUGUGGUGAAGAAGGUUACUAGAAAAAUCAUUAGGCGGUAUGUAUCAUCUGAUGGCACUGAGAAAGAAGAGAUUACAAUGCAGGGAAUGCCACAGGAACCUGUUCACAUCGAGGAAGGGGAUGGCUACUCCAAAGUUAUAAAGCGUGUUGUACUAAAGAGUGACACCGAACAGUCUGAGGUAACUUUAUCUGAACCCAGCAUUUUGUCCAGUACCUCACAAUUUCAGGCUGAACCAGUGGAAGGCCGUAGAGUCAGCAAAGUUGUUAAAACAACCAUGGUACAUGGAGAGAGGAUGGAGAAACACCUGGGGGAUUCUAGUUUAGCCCAUGAUCUUCCUUCAGCCAAAGAUGACUUUGAAGAGGACAACAAUGAGUAAAGCCAGUACCCAGAAGAGGGCUGUGGUGAAGGACCAGCAUGGAAAACACAUUCACUUGGAGCACCUGGAGGAUGUACCAGAAGCAUUA